AUGAAGCUCGUCCGGUUUUUAAUGAAGUGCACCAAUGAGACGGUCACGAUUGAGUUGAAAAAUGGCACCAUCCUUCACGGCACUAUCACCUCCAUCUCCCCCCAGAUGAAUACCGCCUUGCGCACUGUCAAAAUGACCCCUAAAGGCCGAGACCCCAUCUCUCUAGACACGAUCAAUAUCCGAGGCUCCACGAUCCGGUACUACAUCCUGCCCGACAGUCUGCCCCUGGAUACCCUGCUUGUGGACGACCAGCCGAAGCCCAAGAACAAGGCACAAGCGGAUGGUAUUAUGGAUGACUCGAAAAACGAUGUCGCUGAGGCUGUGGUCGGCGUGGCACGCACGGUCUUUUUCGAUAUGUUGCUGUCAUCAGAUCGCUCACCACAAACUGCCGUGCUCGUUAGCCGGGAAAUAGCAUCGAGUGGCUGGCUGAAUGAUACUCUGUACGAAAAAAAUUCUAUUAUCCUCGACACCUAUACUAGGAUGGAUGUCGUGUUGUACAACGAUAUCUGA